AUGUGUGCAAGUAAUCUUUUUGGAUGUGGAUAUGUACUGCUAAUGGUUUGUGGAGUGGCUCUCUCUGCCUUAGCUUUAUUUUAUCCAGCGGGAAUUAUAAUUGAUAAAGCUUCCCCAGUAUUUAAAGAAUGUCUUCAAAAUAAUAAAAAUUGUGAUAAAGCAAAAACUAUUCUUGAUUCUGAUAUCUUGCCAUAUUCAUGUUCUUUUGCCACAUUAUUUAAUUUACUUGAAAAUAAAGAUUUUGAUAAUAUAAAAGUAGAAUGUGGUAAAGAUUAUCUUGAUAAAGUUGACAAACAAAUAAAAACAAUCUGGAUAUCUUCAGCUACUGGUAUUGCAAUUUCUGGAGUUGGUGUUCUUGCUGGUAUCCUUACAAUUGUCCUAUUCUCUUGUUGUGGAUGUUUAAGAGCCAUUCCAAUGAUUUUAUUGACAGCUAUUGGUGUGGCUUUAACAGCAUGUAUGAUUACAUUUGUCGUUUGUUACCAUGAUAAAAUGGAUUAUUAUGAUGAUAAAAUAAGUUCAUUGUUUCCAAAUUAUGAUCCAACAACAAUGAUUAGGAAUACAUUCUGGUUUGGUAUUGGUGCAGUUGUAGCUGGUGGAGCCAGUGCAAUAGUGGCAUUCUUUGGAAUAAAUUUUUUGAAAGGUUAUUUAUCAACUAUUAUUAUUUUUAUUUCUUUUUUUUUGUAA